AUGCUUGUAUGCGCCCAACAUACUCUUUUUCUCCACAGUCAAUUCUCACGACAAAAUGGUCAAAGGAGUAUUAAUGGUUCACUCGAAGGUAAAAACCUUAGGGACAUGGACGACGUUGGUCAAGGUGACCCUUAUGCACAAGUUUGGUUGGAUAAACGCGAGCACAAAUUUCAAACAGAAGCAAGAAGUGGAACUUCUUCGCCCGUUUGGGACAGAAUUUUUCACUAUAAUGUAAACGGCCAAUCCGAACUUCAUAUUAGAAUUAUGGACUCCGAUGUUUUUACCGAUGAUGAGAUUGGUUGUGCCAAAGUACCUCUCGAAGAAAUUUACCGAAAUUAUUAUAACGAUUUUUGGGUUAAAUUGCCAGAUCAUUUAGGUCGAGUUAACGGGGAAAUUCGUUUGGUUUUGGAAUUUAUGCCAUGUUAA